AUGCCUCGUCAAAAACUUACUGGAUCUUGUGCUAUUAAGAAUUGUAAUAGUCAAGUUAAUUCUUUUAGAAAUAUAACACAAGAUCUUAUAGAUAAAAUUGAAAAAUGUUCAGAUUUUUCUUAUGAUUAUUUAAAAGUUAAUGAAGAUCAAAUUUGUUAUGAACAUUAUAUGAACAUUAUUAAUUUUAUAAUAAGUCAAUCAUUCAAUAAUGAAAAAUCUAUAACUUGGAUAGAUUUAGAAGAUUUAAUUGAAAUAAGUAAAAUUAGUUUAAAUAAUUCUAAUAUACCAAUUGAUUAUUUACAAAAUUAUAAAAGAAAUAAUUUUAUAGAUUUAGAUUUAAAUAAUUUUUCAAAUAUAAAGAUAAAGAUUGUUGAAAAUAAUAUAAUUUUUAGCAAAAAAAAUUUUAACAAAUUAAUUGAUAUAAUUAUUAACCAAACAAUUCAAAUUU